AUGCGACAACUGCAUUGUAAAUUCUGUGAGUAUGCUUCCCGCAAGACUGAUCGCAAGUUGUUGUACUCGGAUGACGUGUGCGUUGCGAUGGAGUCGAAGAAUCCGAGAGCAGAGGUACACGUCCUCGUACUCCCAGUCAAGCAUCAUGGAAGCAUAACAGCCCUCACGCGAAAAGAUCUUCCUUUAUUGAGGAGGAUGUGCGAUGUGUGUGAUCUCCUCCUUCGUGAUAGGCAAGUGGAAAUCAGAGCAGUAGGGUUUCAUCGGCCGCCGUUCCAUUCUGUGGAACAUCUGCACAUGCAUUGCAUCGGUGGCAAGUAUCGACCAUGGUUGCAGACGCUGAGGUACUGGAGUGGGACCCCGUGGUUCGUUAGUGUGACUGAGGUUGUAGACGAAAUAAAGAAGCGUGAUAGAUAA